CAGAUUUCUCUCGUUUGUUUCGGAAUGCAUUCUCGUGUUUUCUGUCAUUAAUAUUCUCGUGUCUGAAGAUUGGCUUGUGGCGACCGUUUCUCCACCUGUGAAAGGAAAUUUAUCUAAUCUUCCCACUUUGACUGAGCUUUUCCAUUGCUAAAAAUCCAAUUAAAGGCAUCUUUGAAAUUCCUGCUUCCCGCUCUCCAAAUUUACAGAGCUCUCUGUCAAUGGCAAUUACUAACGACAUUAACAGUGCUUCCCGAUUAAGCACAACGUGCAGAGGCCAUAAGAAGUGCCUAUCUUAGCUCCUCGAUUUCGGCAUACGAUUCCCGAUCAGACACGUGUAAGUAUGAUGCAGACAAAACCAUCAGGUCUUUAGCGUUUUCUGCCUGAUUUUGUACUUAAAACCUACCCUCGCCAAAUGAGAAAUAUUGUUGUACCGAAACAUUGAAAAUGGUGGGCAGCGGGCAGUCACAUGGGGUUUAAGAUUUGCCCCGGAGGAGAGACGUCAAGAGCUGCAUUCCCCAAGCUGGGAAUAGUAAUCGAGCCGUACGAAGGGUUAGGAUUUUGCGGGACCCACAGGCCACAGGCCACAGUCUACAGCCUCGGGGUUUAGAGCCCGGUCACAUGUGAGACGCUCGGACAUCCCGGGAAUAAGCCAAGGUCCACCCAGAUCCGGAUCUUAAGGGGGGAGGAGAUAGAAGCCGUUGAAGUUUGAGCAGAUCGAGUCUUGUUUGCCGUGGAUGGGACGAAAUGUGCUCGAGCUUUAAGCUGGGUUGCGACUUUCCUUCACUGAGAUGUCGUGAACAACCAGUUGACCAUGGAAAUAAAAGAAUCUGCUGCCAGUAAUUGGCAUCAGCGACUCAGCUUUCUCCGCCAUUUGCAGGCAGUCUGUCCGUAUUGUUCAUCAGGGGGAUUGACUGAGAUACCGAUGGAACAAUGUCUAAAUAUGGGAAAACAUUUAAAUUAGAAUGUGUGUAAAAUUUAUGAAGCGGUCGCGAAUUUUGACGGAUCUGCCGAUGAAUUUUGACUCUAACUCCCUUUUUGGAAUCUGGUGGGGUUUUAUGGGCGUAAGAAUCUUCAUCCGUUCAGACGCGACAAGUUAAUGUGCAGGAGAGCUUUUAUGGCACGAACUACCUGCGUACCUGCGUCUUCAGUUAGAUUCUAAUAUGAAACCUUGCUUGGAGUGGCGGUGACAGGGAAAGUUUGAACUUUUAGGUCAACAUAAUCAGUUUUAAAAUUUUCGGCUAGAUAAGGACCUAUCUCGAUCUUGUUUAUUUUAGCCUGGGUUAUUUUGACGUAUUGAUUAGUGACUUAUCUUCUCAAGGGGAAAACAGAGGACGUUUACUCUUAAAAAGAAGAAAAUUUUGAAAGAGGAGAUCAUUGAAAAUAUAGAAAUUCAUGGCGAGGGCUACACUCCCUUUCCUUUUGUUAGUUGCUCUUGUCCUGUUUAUUGCAACUUACAACACGGUCACCAUGAUAUUUCGGCAUAGUGUUGAAGGAGGGCAUGGUGUUGACGGAGGAUAUCCAGAUCCAGAAAUUGCAAAUAGAGUGGAUAGAGAGGAUCGGCCAUCAUCUUUUUCGGAUCCAGUAAUAAAAAGGCCGCCAAGAACGGAAUCUUCUAAGAGGAUGCCUUUUCAUGUUGCAGUGACUGCUACUGAUGCUCCGUACAACAAAUGGCAGUGCCGUCUAAUGUACUAUUGGUAUAAGAAGUUUAAGGAUCAACCAGGUUCUGAGAUGGGAGAGUUCACUCGAGUGCUACAUUCUGGAAACCCCGAUGAUCUUAUGGAUGAAAUUCCAACUGUUGUGGUGGAUCCUCUUCCGCCUGGAUUAGAUCGGGGCUACAUUGUGUUAAACAGACCAUGGGCCUUCGUGCAAUGGUUGCAAAAGGCUACAAUUAAAGAGGAAUAUAUCUUGAUGGCUGAGCCUGAUCAUAUAUUUGUUAAGCCUUUGCCAAAUUUAGCACGAGAUGAAUUUCCUGCAGCUUUUCCAUUUUUCUACAUCAAGCCCACUGAUCAUCCUCAAUUGGUACAGAAAUUCUAUCCUGCAUCAAUGGGGCCUGUCACAGACGUGGAUCCAAUUGGAAACUCUCCUGUCAUUAUAAAAAAGUCUUUACUGGAGCAAAUUGCACCCACAUGGAUGAAUGUUUCACUGAAAAUGAAGGAAGAUCCAGAAGCUGAUAAAACCUUUGGAUGGGUCCUUGAGAUGUAUGGAUAUGCCAUCGCAUCUGCCUUGCAUGGGGUACAGCAUAUUCUCAGGAAGGAUUUUAUGAUUCAGCCCCCGUGGGAUUUGGAAGUUGGAAAUAAGUAUAUCAUUCACUAUACGUAUGGUUGUGAUUAUAAUAUGCAGGGGAAGUUGACCUAUGGAGUUAUUGGAGAGUGGCGAUUUGAUAAAAGAUCAUACCUUCGUGGAGCUCCACCAAGAAAUCUUACCAUGCCUCCACCUGGAGUUCCAGAAAGUGUGGUGACUUUAGUAAAAAUGGUAAAUGAAGCAACUGCAAACAUUCCAGGUUGGGAAAAAGCAGUCUCAAAAGAUGAGGUGAAUUUGGUGGAAAAGGUACAUGGAGCUGCCAAAAAAAUUCCAGGUCGCAAAGGACAGAGUUGACACACUAUGUUUGUGCAAUGUACAAUGGGAGGGAUUUGAUUUUCAAUUCAAAAUUCGGAUAGUGUUCUUGGCACCAAUUGUCAGCUCUGGAUGGUGGAUUUGUUUAUUCAAAAUUCUUUUAGCAAUGGAUAUAAUCUGAGCAGGUACUGCUGCUAUGUAUAUCUCAAAGAAACGACUUGUAGCAUGUUUAAUUAAUAUAACUAGGCAUUAGUUGAGGGACCCUUCACCAUGGUGCCGUCCUUUGUCCAAAGUGAGGUGAUUGUAUCCCUAUUUGAGGUUGAGGUACAAAGUUGAGAAUUCCAACAGUGGGCAUUUGACCGGCUAUUUUUGUCAGUCAAUCUUGACUUGACUUUUUGAGAAUGGAAUUUGUUGAGUUUGACCAGUCCCUAGUUGAAUAUUAUAAGGAAAUAUGCUAAAAGUCGUGAUUAUUGAAGUUGGUAAUAUGCAUAUGACAGUUGGAAAUAUGGUUCAUGUUUAUUUCCUUAGCUUGAAGUUCAUGUUGGUCCUUGCAAUUUAAAGCCUCGGGUAUAUUUUCUUCUCACU